UGUUAGGUGAAAACUACGGCGCCGUACGACUCGGGGCGGCGGAUGCUCGACUUGAUGGACAUGGCCAUCUUCGACUUUCUCACCGGCAAUAUGGACCGGCAUCACUAUGAAACUUUCAAAAUGUUCGGGAACGAAACGUUCCCGCUGCACUUGGACCAAGGCCGCGCGUUCGGCAAGGCGUUCCACGACGAGCUCAGCAUCCUGGCGCCGCUGCUGCAGUGCUGCCUCGUGCGGCAGACCACGCUCGCCACGCUACUCAAGUUCCACAACGGCAAGCCGCUUUCAUCGUCCCUCCGAGACGCGAUGAAGGUGGACCCGGUCUCGCCCGUCCUCUGGGAGCCGCACAUGGCCGCCCUAGACCGGCGGACCGCCAUCAUUCUCGACGCCAUCCGCAAGUGCGUCCAGAAAUCCGAAGCCCCCGUCGACAACAACGAUGUCAACGACUUUGUAUGACCGUUAGACCCACCUAUGUGAUGGAACUAUGUGUGAUAAAGCUACGGUCUAAGGUAAACACUACCCCGGACUUAGACUUAAGAUUUUAGUGCCAAAGAGUAUCCAAAUGACAUUGGGUGAACGUUUGAAGUCAUUCCACUGACUCUGUAAGAAGCCAUUGUACAAGC